CGAUUCAUUUUUGAUUGAAACGUUGCACAGUUUUGUGUCGUUCUGUUAAAUAUCCCUCGCUGCUUUUUGUAUGGACUAGCCACAGAGCUUCGCACGAGUUAAAGCUUUGCGUUCGAUACGUUUGCGAAUUGCAUUUUAUCUUGGUCCCCUUGAAUUGCACACACUUCAAUAACGCAAUCGCAAUAGUUAUCAGAAUAGUUCUUUGCUGGCCUAGGCCUAGUGCGGUACAGAAAAUGGAGCAGCGAACUGUGUCAGUCGAAACUUUGAAACAUUUGGAGAAGAUUUUAAGAAUCGCUGAAAAGGACUCGGGACUUCGGAUCGAAAAUGGCGUUGAAAAGGCUGGAAGCAAACCCGGUGACAACUACAUGUCUUACGUCAUCAGAAUUAAACUUACCGGAAUUCGGGGCAAUAAAACUCCUUUCGAGAUCAACGUCAUCACCAAACACCUUCCGGGCGAUGGUAGAAAUAUGGACAUACUCAGAAACAGAGAUUUUUUCACGAACGAAGCUCAUGUGUACACGAAAAUCGUACCUGCCAUGGGCCUCGAAUCGGUCGCACCCAAGUGCUACGAAGCCAAUGCCAAUGGCGUCGUUAUGGAAGAUCUUUGUGUACAAGGAUACAUUAUGAAUGAGAGAAGAGAUUUACUCGAUUUUGAACACUGUCAGGCAACUGUAAAGGCUCACGCUCGUAUUCACGCGCGUUCGCUGAUGUUCAAGCUUAAAAAUCCUCAGGAAUUCAAAGUAUUGGUGGACCAAUUGAAGGAGGUGGGUUUUCCCCAGGAUGAUGACCCCGCGUUGGGUCAGACGAUAAGCUCUGGAGUAAGUGCAGCGAUCGAGAGUUUGAAAUCGAUUGAAAAUCCGGACGAGAAGAUCCGCGAAGCGAUAGAAUUUCUGAACAAUGAAAAAUCAGGGGCGUACGAUACGAUAAGAAAUUUGAUUGUGCGACGAGACGAAAAGUACGACGUUUUGACCCACGGUGAUUCGUGGAACAACAAUAUUUUUUUCAAACACGAUGAUAAAGGUGGAAUCGCGAAUGUUAAAUUCGUUGAUUUUCAAGUCGUUCGCCAUUGCUCGGCGGCCAUCGAUUUUCAUUACUUCGUUUACACGAGCGCCCACUCCUCCGUUAUCGAAGAGCGUUACGACGAACUCGUUCGAAUUUAUCAAGGUGCCCUUGUUAAAGAAUUGAAAAGUCUCAAUGCCAGUGACCAGGUUCUUCGCGAUUUGAGCCUCGAAUGGUUCCAAGGGGAGUUAAGAAAAACGUCGAUGUACGGUUUGUUCACUGGUUUGUGGCUAAUCAACGCCAUUUUUGCCGAGGACACUGACAUUCCUAACAUCGCCGCUAUCACUCCCGACUAUUUAGCCGGUCGCACCAAAGUUCCACUUUCCAUUCGCAGUAACAAAGUCGAGAGAGCUAAAUGUAUCGCUUUCCAUUACUGUCGUACGUAUCGCAACUUUUGACGAAGCCUUUUAUGAAGCUUUCUCAUAAAUGUUCGAUCGUUUUGAAAAUUUUACAAAAAAGGAAUGGCAUUUUUAAUAACUAACCUUUUCAAUUACGAUGGUUUAAUAACGAUACUUCGUCGAGCUUUUCACUGGCUCGAUCUCUCUGAAGUACCUUCAAUAACAUACGUUGGGAUGUCAUAUAAAAUUCCUGUAGUGGGUGUAAUUGUAAGAAUAUUCGUAGGAAUGUUUGGAAAAUGGGAUUUAUGGGGAUUCCUGAAAUACCCGAAACACGUAAAUAACUUUUAAUUUAAUAUUUUCACGAGUUCGUCGGUUCGGAUUUUAUGUUUUCAAUAUUCAAAAGGAAUUUCUCAAACUGUACAUCGCAGUAGUGAAACUAUGUAGAUAUAGAUAGAAAAUAAAUUCAAAUAAUGUUAACGGUGUCGAUGAAACAGAACGUGAAAUCAAAUAUUUUCGUACGGGGUUGAUGAACUGUAAAAAGUUGAAAGAAGAUCGCGAUCACGCAGAGAAUAAAAUUGUAAAUAUUUCUGUAUCUCUAAAUAAUAAUAAAAAGAAUGAAAAAUA